AUGUGUGAACAACCAUCUCAAGACAACGUCGACUACGAGAUAUUACAAACAAGUUGGCACAAGCCCGGCGAUGAACAAGUUAACGAUACCAAACCGGGAUUUCACUCCCAGAUGUUCCUACCUGGGACUGCACCAAUUGAGCAUUCCUUCCAACCACAUCCCAUUGAUUCCAACAUACCCGAGAACUCAUAUGAGGGAGACGGGUACGAUGCCUUGGACAUGCCUGGUGCAACAUCAAAGGAUAUCCGUAACUCCAUUGAUUCGCUGCAUGGCUCCGUUGUUCUGCAGUGCGGUUACAUGAGGCUGGCGUUUCUGCAGAAUCAGAUCAUUUUGACCAGACGCAAGUAA